CUUCAACAGCGUGCAUAGAUAUCCACGUGCAAACGACUUAUAUCUAGUCCCUUCUGAUUAUGAUUUUUCGUUGUCAUUGUUUUCCUUUUCGAUAUUUUCUAUCAUAGUAUGAUGUGACGCCAGCAAGGCAGGGCGACGAGUGCGUGCCGUUGAAUCUUGACUCUACUCCCAUCAUUCCUGUCGUUGUGAAUGUUAUGCUUUCUUCAACAGCCUUCAACAUUGUCAUGAUUGCACCAUUGGCAAGUACAAUCAACAGCUGUAGUAUGUAACAGUUGAGAGACGCUACGCCUCUUAACAUUCCGCUGAAUGAUGUUGAUGUUGUUGUAAACAAGCAUCUUGAUCAAUGGUCCUUUUGUCUUCAAUCGUUUCCUCGACGGCACUUCACGACCCAAGCUCUGGUGAUGCGGCAAGCCACGAUCCCCUCAGCGCGCUGUUCAACAGUGAAGAUGCAUCCGGACCCACUGCAUGCUGCACUAGGACAUUCAAAGCACCAUCCGCGAAUCUUUAUCCGAUCAACACAGUUAAUGUUGUGACGCAACGGCCGCGGCGAUGGAGCUUAAAAGACAAGCUAUCGCACUCGGCUACCUCAAGAAGAGCUUCUGCCUUUAUCUUUGGGCACACAGGUAAUUGGCAUGAGCACGACUCUAUUACCACGUUGCCCCUUCCUGAAAAGGGAGAGGGACUACAUGACUCCGACAGUCAUUCUACAACUACGAAGACUUCAUUCGGUACGAUAUGGACAGGAGGGGUGCCGAUGGGCGAUUCCGGACCUUACCCAAAACGAGAUACUGACUACGCAGGGAUGCCUAUCAAGGUCUUCCCUGCCGCGCAAACUGCAUGCGAUCCGACAGGUACUAGAACCGAACGCGCAAUAGAAGACUGUAUGAUCUGCAGAUUGGAGGCCGCAAACCAUCAAGAGGCAAUCCAAUAAAUUGUCUUCGCACUUGAGUUCCUUAUCUGCGAGAAAUACCUUCCAUAAUUUUCUAUUUCGUUACAAACUCUCACUCUCAGGAGGAAUCCGUCUUGACCAGCGCAGUCUUGUUGCUCGCGACGGUAAAUUCUGCGACUCGGUUACCUAUCCCUUGAACACGGUUUGCGUGCGGCAUUUACCGCAGGAUUGGUGCCCGUCUGUGCGGCCGCGUACGACGUUUUUGCCUCCGAAGUGGCGCCCGGUAUUCGUGAACGAAAAAAGCGUGAAUCCGGUUUCGGGAAUUACGGAGCUAGGACCAACCUGGUACCAGAAUGCAGUAGCUGCGGACCCGAUCGAGGGUCAGAAGCGGGAAGUCCUGGUCGAUCAAGGCGACGUUUGCUGUCCUGUGCGGUACUUGAAGUCGGUGGCGUUGCCGGAUCCGGCGGGAGGGAAAGACGCGAAGCCCAACGCUGGAGGCGACGGCUUGAAUACGCCAGUCAGGCACUGCGAGGACCACUGGAACAAGCCUUGGUGCGUGACGCCAGCCGCACUGUACCGCUACAUGAUCAACCACCCAGGAUGGAAAGUGGACGUGGACUGCGCGGCGACUUCGCAGCCUCGCAUUGGCGUCCUGGGUGCCAUCUGCGAGCAGCAAGACCGGGAACGCCUGGCUGCAGCCGCCUACAAGGAACGCAUGGGUGAUGACGACUACGCACGACAGUACGAGGAGCUCAUGAAGCGGCAGAGCGUGAACGACCCUGCCAUGUUGUCGGAUGGAAAAGAAACGCAAGAGGAAUCCUUGGCCAAGGAUCGCGCAGUGCUGGACGUGACGAGCACCACGCCGCCAGGAGCGCCGGCGAGCACGGAGCCCGGCUUCUUCGGCAUUCCGGAUCCUCGUCGUGCGGCUGGAGGCCUGGGCAGCGACAUGACGUCCUCGCUCCACGGCCAACGCCUUAUUCGUCCUGGCGCAGACUUCGGCAUUUACGGUGGCGAAAGCGUUGUCGCAGAACCGCUGGAAUUCAACCACGCAGCGGACGCGGAACACGAACAAGCAAGCGGUGCUGCUGCUGAUGGUGAUGGAGCACUUGGACAAGGAUCGUCUGCACACCAAGAAACCUCUAGCUCUAGUCCGGGAGGCGACGCAGAGAGUGGAGGCAUACACGAGCCAAGUGACCUGGCGUCGCGAGCCCCUGAGGCGCAGUACAACGAGCCGCCACCACAGAAAGGAGGUGUGGUGAAACCCAACGGCAGUCAUCCACGCAGGACUUUCGAAGAAAUUUCAGGUCUCCACCCGAGAUGAUCAGGAGAGACUAAAGAAGCAAGCGUAGGCGUUGACGUGGAAGACGACAAUAGUACAACGACAGCACGACGAAAACACAAACAGUAACAUGAUGUUGAUGAUAGCGUCUUCAUCAACGUCAUUUGAUUUUUCACAAAGGUGAACGCGUUCUAGUUUAUUACAUGAUUGCUAGAAGACAGCACAAUUAUCGAUGGUACUUCAACAUUGACUCCUUCGAACGUGAUUCCUUCCCAUGAUGCUUAUUCCUUCCCAUGGCCGUUGCCGUUCUCCUCCACCCCUAUGGCUUAUUCCUUGAUGUUAGAAUAUGAUAUUGUUCCGAAUUUUAUCAUUUUCACGACGAACUUUUAAAUUUUUUCUUUCAUAAUUAACAUUCUCA